GGCGGCUCAGAAACGCAGCGACUGCCAAGCCAAGCGGAUGGCCUAAAACGAAACGGGUUGGCGAGGCGUAUUACCCAGUGAACCGGUUAACCGAUUAACAAUUAGACCCGAUUCCAAAAACGCGCGCACGGCCAACUAUUUCAAUUAAAAUUUAUUUAUUUUUGUUUCUGUUUACUCAAUGUGUUUUUGUCGAGGCCUAAAUGAAAGUGCAGAAAGGCAAGUGACUGUGAAUGCGAACGUGACGACGGCACAGAGAGAAAAUAUCACUGAAAUCGGUCAACAGCUCGUCAGUUUCUCAUAUCAAUAAGUUCCCUUUCACCGAAAAAUCCGUAAAUUUUAAAACUAUCAAAAUAGAACUUCAUGCUAACUUUCUCAACUCGAAAAAAAUGUACUGCUUAAAGUGAAUGAAUAAAAAUCCCAUAAAAGUGCCCAAAUAACUCAAUGCAAUGCAGUGACAGCGAGUCAAAGUUAAAUAAAAUCGAAAAGAAAAGCCCAAAGAAAUUAUAAAAGAAAGGGGAAUUCGUUCCCUAAAAUCAGUAGCAAAGCCCAACCUAAUCCCAUCCAAAAGUCAUGGUAGUUGUUCCCGCUCUGGGCGCCGCCGCGGUCUCCGUGGGCGGCCUGCUCUUCAAGGCGAGUGCCGCCUCGAAGGCGGCGGCGGCAGCGGGCGUGGCAGCGGCAGGCGCCUCCAAAUUGGGCCUGGCCAUCGCCGGUGCCAUCAAAUUGGCCACCGCUGUGAUCGGAGUCGGCAAACUGACCAUCCUGCCCUUCCUGAUAGCAGCCAUCGCCUACUACAACUACGAUCUCUUCGAUCCGGAGAAUCGACCCUUCAAUGUCCAGCAAGUGGAGGUGGCCUACGACUUCAUCAUCAUCGGUGGCGGCUCGGCGGGCACCGUUCUGGCCUCCCGACUCUCCGAGAUUCCCCACUGGAAGAUCCUGCUCCUGGAGGCGGGCGGUCACGAGACGGAAAUCUCGGAUGUUCCACUGCUUUCGCUCUAUUUGCAUAAGAGCAAAAUGGAUUGGAAAUACCGAACCCAACCCCAACCGACGGCCUGUCAGGCGAUGAAGGACAAACGUUGCUGCUGGACGCGAGGAAAGGUUUUGGGUGGCAGUUCCGUACUCAAUACCAUGCUCUACAUUCGUGGCAAUAGAAGAGAUUUUGACCAGUGGGCGGAGUUCGGAAAUCCGGGAUGGUCUUACGAGGAGAUCCUGCCAUAUUUCAGAAAGUCUGAGGACCAGCGGAAUCCUUAUUUGGCCAGAAACAAACGGUACCAUGGCACAGGUGGCCUUUGGACGGUACAGGACUCCCCAUACAACACGCCCAUUGGUCCGGCAUUCCUGCAAGCUGGCGAGGAAAUGGGCUACGACAUUGUGGACGUGAAUGGAGAACAGCAGACGGGUUUCGGUUUCUAUCAGUUCAAUAUGCGACGCGGUUCCCGGAGCUCCACGGCCAAGUCAUUUUUGCGACCGGCUCGUCUGCGAUCCAAUCUUCACGUGGCCCUAUUUUCACAUGUAACAAAGGUCCUCACCGAUCCGCAUACGAAACGAGCCACGGGAGUUCAGUUCAUCCGGGAUGGAAGGCUGCAGAAUGUGUAUGCCACCAGGGAGGUGAUCCUGUCGGCAGGAGCCAUUGGUUCGCCACAUCUGAUGAUGCUCUCGGGGAUUGGACAUGGCGAGGAAUUGAGCCGAGUGGGUAUUCCGCUGGUGCAACAUCUGCCUGGAGUGGGACAGAAUCUGCAGGAUCACAUUGCAGUCGGGGGGAUAGCCUUCCUCAUCGACUAUCCCAUUUCGAUUGUGAUGAAGCGGAUGGUUAAUAUCAAUACGGCCCUGCGAUAUGCCAUCACGGAGGAUGGCCCACUGACCUCCAGUAUUGGCUUGGAGGCGGUGGCCUUUAUCAACACCAAAUAUGCGAAUGCCAGUGACGAUUGGCCGGAUAUGAACUUUAUGAUGACCUCGGCAUCGGUGAUGUCCGACGGGGGUAGCCAGGUGAAGACGGCCCAUGGACUGACCGACGAGUUCUACCAGGAGGUGUUCGGUGAGGUGAACAACCGCGAUGUCUUUGGCGUUUUUCCCAUGAUGCUGCGGCCCAAGAGCAGGGGCUACAUACGACUGGCCUCGAAGAAUCCGCUGCGCUAUCCACUGCUGUACCACAACUACCUCACCCAUCCGGACGAUGUGAAUGUGCUGAGGGAGGGGGUCAAGGCGGCGGUGGCCAUGGGCGAAACGGAGGCGAUGAAGAGAUUCGGGGCUCGCUUCUGGAACAAACCGCUGCCGAACUGCAAGCAUCUAACCCUAUUUACCGACGACUAUUGGAACUGCUACAUCAGGCAGUAUACGAUGACGAUAUACCACAUGAGUGGCACGGCCAAAAUGGGUCCACCCUCGGAUCCCUGGGCAGUGGUGGAUCCCCAGCUGAGGGUUUAUGGCAUACCCGGAUUGAGGGUUAUCGAUGCCAGCAUAAUGCCGGCGAUCACGAAUGGCAAUAUCCAUGCACCCGUCGUGAUGAUUGGCGAAAAGGGUGCCGAUAUGAUAAAGCAACUCUGGCUGACCCCCACGACGGCGCCGGCGGGUGGGUCAGGGGGUCAAGGUCAAGGUCAAGGACAGGGUCAGGGGCCCAGUCCGCGUCAAGGUCACCGUACAAGCCCCCCGCAGUGGCGUAUUAAGCGAUCAUUAAACUCAACCAGUGAAAACUUGGACUUUAAACAAUCAUCAUUGCCAGUUCAUCAAUGGCCUUUGCCAAGGUCGUAGCGAUUUAAGGAGGGGGGGUUGUUCCAAACAGAGGUCAAGUGGGUGGAGGGGGGCUAGCAGGGGUGUUUGGCUCACUUGGGGGGGUUAACUAGCACAAAUUUCUGUCUUUGAAGUAAAUUUAAUUUAUUAAGCUUUAUUUGCUUCCCAUUCUUCCUAAUUCUUUUGCUCUCUGUAGCCAAAAGAAAUAACGUAUUCCCUUUCCUUAUGCAAACAACGAACCCCCUACCCCCAUUAACCUUUGACCUUAGUCACUUAAGCGCUUCAUGUAAAUAUCGAGUCAUUUAUGCUAAUUCUUACAUUUUUUUUUUUAAAUCGCUUGUCUGUUGUGUGUGUCUAAUCGAAAUGUGUAUUUUUGUUUUUAUUUUUAUUGUUUGUUUGACGCCGCGUACACUUGGAGUACCUCAGUUAGUACAUAAGUCGAAGAUUACGAUUACGAUGCUAAAUGUUUGAUUAGUUCUUAAAUGUAAACGAACUUAAUAAAUCGAAUAAAUACAAAUAUUACCUCA